UUUGCUUCCGUCAUGAUACCACCCAUUCAUUGUUGACGAACCGUGCUACGGGAGUUGUAUAUUCAAUAUUAAUAACCACUAAAAAUGGAGUUGCCAGUUACGUACUGCUUGUGUGGUCGCUCAUACGAUCCCGAACAAUUUAUGAUACAAUGUGACGUGUGCAAGGAGUGGUACCAUGGCGGAUGUGUAAAUUUGAAAGAAUACAUGACUGUGGAUCUUGACAAGUAUCACUGUCCACAAUGUGAAGCCAUGUGUGGCCCUUCACUCAUGAAAGUUAGGAUGAAUUGGCACAGGCAUGAUUAUACCGAGCGUGAUGCCGACACAAAGCCUGUUCAAACUGGAACCCCAGUAUUUAUAAGAGAGCUAAAGUCUAGACACUUUCCCAAAGCCGACGAAAUUGUGAAGCAUGUAAGGGGGCAACAGUUAACUCUUCAGUAUUUACAGACAAAUGGUUUUGAAAACCCCAUCAUUAUUGAUGGGAAAGAAGGACUUGACAUGACCGUGCCACCGUCAAGCUUUAGCGUCUAUGAUGUUGAGACUCAUAUAGGUGGUGAUCGGGACAUGGAUGUAAUCGAUGUUACCAGACAGAGUAACAUACGUAUGAAAUUAAGAGACUUUAUAGAAUAUUACAACUGUCCCUCCCGAACAAGGGUACUUAAUGUCAUAAGUCUCGAAUUUACUAACACUGGUCUUUCACCAAUGGUCGAGGCACCGCAUAUUGCGCGCAAACUUGAUUGGGUUAAUUCGGUGUGGCCACGCGACUGGCCCGAGGACAGUGAUAUAAAGCGACCCGAAGUGCAAAAGUAUUGCCUGAUUGGGGUCAAGGACAGUUUCACGGAUUUUCACAUCGACUUCGGCGGCACGUCGGUGUGGUACCACGUGUUGCGCGGCGAAAAAGUGUUCUAUCUCAUCAAGCCAACGCCGGCGAAUCUGCAGCUGUACCAGCAUUGGAUGUGCAGCUCGACGCAGAGCGAAACGUUCUUCGGGGAUCAAGCUGACGCGUGUUACAAGUGCGUGCUCAAGCAAGGCCAGACAAUGAUGAUCCCCACGGGAUGGAUACACGCUGUGCUCACGCCGACGGAUUCCUUAGUUUUUGGUGGAAACUUUGUGCACAGUCUUAACAUUCCGAUGCAGAUACAAAUAUACGAAUUGGAGAGGAAGAUGAAGACACCAGCAAAGUUUCAAUAUCCUGGAUUCGAGACAAUUAAUUGGUUCGCCGCGAAGAAACUGCUCAAGGAACUGAAAGAACUGAACAAUGAAGGGAAAAAGUGCCCGCCGUAUUUUUUACAAGGCGUAAAGGCAUUGCUCGGAAUUCUCAAGCAAUGGAAUACAGACAAGGACUAUAGCAUGGUUAGCCGUGGCCAGAUACCGAACACGAUAAACAGCCAAAAAUUAUUAAAGGAUGUGAGUAAAGAAAUACGACACGCGGAACGGUACUUAAUAUCCCUAAACCCACCGAAACCGGAACGCGAGAGUAAACGAAAGCGAAAGAAGCCGCUGAACAAGGACUUUGUCGAUUUCGAUUACGCCGAUAAACUAGCUGAUAACGCCUUCAAAGCGACUUUGAAGGAAACGAAUAAAGUGGAACCCUCUGCGAUCGAGAAGCCGUUGCCGAGACCGCCGUUGAAGCUCACGUUGCCGAAACCUGUCACGUAUCCCGACGUUAAGACGACCGCGACGGAGAAACCCGCCAAUAGCAAUAAACGACAAUUAUCCAAACCGGGGAAACAGAGCCCGACUGUGAUUAGAUUUAAGCUUGGUAACAACGAAGUUGUCAGAAGUACAAACGAUAAUAUAAGCGUCUACGGUAGUAACGUCACGACCGGUCAUACCCACGGGACGACGAAGGAAUCACUGUCGUGGAAUCAGACGUCGUCCGUGUACGAUUUUCACGACGGCAGUAACGAGAGCGAGUACGGUCUCGUGAUAGACGAGUCGCAGAAGCGGAAACGGACACCGAGAUCGAACGCGCAGAAGCGUUUCAAGCGGGAUUACGACGGUAACGUCAAUGUGUCAAACAAUGCACCUAAAAACGGCAUCGAGGAAUUGUUGAAGGCAUCGGCGUACACGCUCGGCAACGGCACGCAAAGGAUAGACGUCACGUCGUCGACUACGAUUCCGCAGUACAGUCAACCCAUGCCGCCUCCCACUGGUUCUGACAGGGCGUCACCGUCCACGCGGGAGGCGAUCGCCGGGAUGCUCUCGUUCAGCGAGCAAUGUUACUCGACAACGAGUAAUCCUUCGAAAUCGUCAAAGUCUACUAAGAGUCAGCAGGGUAACAACAAUGAUGAUGACGAUGAUCAGUUGAUAGAAAAUAUCGACAAGGUUCAUCAAGAUGAUGACUUUAUUUACCCUGCCUUGGACGCCUCUGACGACGAAGAUUAUAUCUUCAAACCUAAAGCAAAGAGUCAGAUCGACGAAGCGUGGAACCCGAAAGCCAGAGUAGGCCCUCUUUUACCAAAGACAAAUCGACCGGCGCGGGAAGGCGUGAAGAAAACGUCCGUGGAAAAGGGUCUGGAAGCGGCUGCGGCGAAACGAGCGAAACAAUCGGAUGAAUACCUGGAUAACGACAUGGACAAGAUUACCAAGAAGAAAUUGGGUACCAAUAAACGGACGUAUAACAAAAAGAAGCAGAAGGAAUCUGCAGUCACUGCAGCUGGUACUGCAUCGUCCACUGCAGUUGCUGAAAAUGUCAUAAAAUCAUCCCCUGGAUUUGGAUCGAUACUGACAAGCCCUAACAGACUUAGGGAUGUCAAAGCGAAACUUGCAGCACCAGUUCCCGUUGAACGCAAACCGAAGAAGGGGAUGAAAACGGCAAAGCAACGAUUAGGAAAAAUUCUGAAACUUCAUAAGAUGAUGCACUAGAUAACGAUUGAUAGGAGAUAGAAAAGGAGAGAAAACACCGUGUCAUUUUUGACUCGUGUGUAAAAAAAAACACGUGUAAUAGUUGUACAUUGCUAUGUAAAUACAACAAAUUCUUCACUAAGGUGACGUAUUUAUCUCAAGAGGAGAAGCUAUUUGUAAAGAUCGGCGAUCGUUUUCUAAGAGAUACUUAUAUUUAUUACUACAUCGUCUAAUUUUAGGUGAAUAUUUAACGACUUUUGAUAUCUCGAUAUUUAAGGUGAUAUUUAUAUUGUAAUAAUGGCUUACCGAUGCUUUAUGUGACGACUCGAUGUAAUAUUUCAGUUAACAACGAUCUGGGCGAAGGGAAAACUAUAUCAACCUACAGUUUAUAUAGAGAUACACAACUCUUUCUUAUAUCUCAAUAUAAGAUUGCGAUUUAACUUAUCACUAGUAGUUGAUUGAACAAAUUUAGAUAAUUUACUGAGAAGGAAGUAGAUAUUCCUUCGGAUGAAUAGAAAGAAAUACUCCACCGUCCAUUCUCUGUGCGUUUGUUCGAUGUCACGUGUAGCACUUCAUUUAUUCUUAUAACUUUCUUGUAGCAACUCGCUUAGUUUACACAUCACAGAGAGGCUGUAGGCUACUGAUUUAGUUUUCUAUAUAACUGUUAUAAGAGAGUUAAAAUAAUAAUAAUAAUAAUAAAUAUAUCUGCCAGCCGAGAAACAUUUUGUAUGUAAUUUAUAAAUACGAUGAGGCGUACUUUCUGAUCGUUAUUGCGGAGGUAACAAGCGUGAUAGUGUAAAAAAAUCUCUUAUCGAUUGUUGUAUCGCACAGGAAAUUCAGUUACCUAAUACAUUGUACCUGUUUCCUAAAUGAUACAAAGUGCGAGAUACAUAAAAGCAUGAGACAUUUGGAAGAUUGUAGCCCGGUAGUUAAAGAGAAUUUGCGGUUACAAAUUGCUUCGAUUUCGUAACUUAGACUUUCAAAGUUGUUGACUUUUUCGAGGGAAGGACAACUUUGUACAAAGAAAUAGAAGAUCUUGUGGGAGAAGGUGUUUUCUACUUAAUAACUUGUACGUGUACGUUAAGAUUAGACCCUGAAAUUAAAUUGCUUACGCUUACCAAAAAUUUUGUGAAGAUAAUCAUGUAUGUCUUUGUUAAAGUCGAUUUUACAAGGUUUCGUUUUACAGAUAAUUCUUUAGUAUAUAAGUUUAUGAGUUGAAAUUGCGAGCGUCUUGGUGUCUAAUUUAUGUCGGAAGAUAAAAAUUCACUUCAAAUUCCAAUAAUCUUAAUUAUUAGAAUUUUUAGUUGCGCAGUUUAUUAUUAGUAUAAGUUGCACACAGACACACACACACACACACAUAAUGUAUUAUGAAUAUAGUAUAUUUAUUGUUAAUGGCACUGUACAAUUUAUAAGUUACUGAGAUAAGACAAACCAUUAUGUCAAGAAGCUUGCAGCAUUCAAUGUUAAUGCAUCGUUUAAAUUUUGACGCAACAAUUUACAUUUUAAUGACAGCACUGAUAAAUAGUACAUAUGCUAUAUUUCUCUACUUUUCGAUGUAAGAACUUACAAAAUGCUUAGAAAUGCUUGCCCAUAAGUAUUUCUAAAUAUUAUUCACAAGUUACGUGCUUUGACUACCCGCUGUUUAAGUACCAUUUAUUUUUGUUAUUUUAAAAGUAACAUUACUUCGUCUUAUAUAAAGUUUUGUAAGAAAUUUAUAUACUUAUAUACAUUAGUGCAAUUUCUUAGUCAAGUUAAUGAUUGUAUUGUAUGUACAGUACACAUGUCUUGCAAGAUUAUACAAAGUGACAUACACGUAUACAUAUAUAUAGUUACAUCAUAUAUACAUAUAUAUAUAUUUUUUUACAGAGCAUUCAUCUUGUUGAUUCGAAUCGUGCGUCACUAUUCGUCCGCAUAUUUAUUUCAUUUCUUUCCCCAUUGUACGCCUUCAUCAGACCUAACGACGACAUUUGGCGCGAUACGAUGGCAUUGUAGACUUCCACGAUACAUUGUACGCUGGAUUGUAAAAAACGGAAUUUCCAAUACGACGAAAUUAGUGCGUAAUUUGCGUGCGUGAUAAAUUAAUAAGACUCCUGUCGCGAAUAAUCAGUAUAUUUCGAAUGUGUUCAUUAAAAUUAGAGACGAUAAACGAUCGUAGACUUUUUAAUGUUCGAUGCCGCGAAUACGAUUAUUAAACUCUAAACUGACAAGAUUGAAUAUCAGGGAUGAAGAUGACGUUUAUUUUCAUGAUACACGCUCCUUACUCAUCGCUCGGGGAUGUAUAAGAAUUUUUACAUGUACAAUAGUAUGUCCGUGUACAAACACACGUACUGUAAGAUAGCUCCUCGAUUUAACGAAGUGUAAGUAGUUCUACGAGAGAUUUUUGAAUGGUUUUUUUAAUGCACGCCCAACUUUUUCAUCAUUGAUCUAUUUUCAUGUUGACGAGAAUAUACUUACGUUUGUGAAUAGUAAAAUAAAUAUAUUUUUUUGAAGGAAUUUUUGUCAACGAGAAUGCAACUGCAGUCCGCACAAGACCAGCACUUAUUAUUCAAUGCAGAAUUUCUCACAAUAUAUAUAUAUAUAUACAUACAGCCUCUUAGAAUUAUGCAAACUCGUGUCCUUAGUAAUUUACGCAAAGAAUAUUGUUGAAAAAAGCAUUUAAAGAGAUAUUUGAGGUGCAUUAAACCAAUCUCUCUCUCUCCCUCUCUUUCUCUUCCUCUCUCAUAAUGUACGUUACAUCGUAAAACAGCCGAACAAUUUUUCAUCGUAUUCGCAUUAUCACUGAAUAAAAUGUUGGAUUCAUU